AUCAGAUAAGCAAAGGGGGAAAAAAGGAAAAGGAAUCCGCUUCGCAGAUUUUUAUUAGCCUUGAGAUUGAAAGGAAUCGGAAAUAAUGGCGGCAGAGGGACAAGUAAUCGCCAUCCACACUGUUGAGGCCUGGAAUCAGCAGUUUGAGUCGUCUAAAACCUCCGACAGACUGGUGGUGGUGGAUUUCACAGCUUCGUGGUGCGGGCCAUGCCGUUUUAUGGCACCAAUCCUGUCUGAUCUUGCUAAGAAGAUGCCCCAAGUCUUAUUCUUGAAGGUGGACGUUGAUGAAUUGCCGACCGUGGCUGAGGAAUGGGGAGUUGAGGCCAUGCCAACUUUUAUCUUCCUCAAGGAAGGCAAAAAAAUUGACGCCGUUGUGGGUGCAAAUAGAGAUGACUUGCAGCAGAAGGUAUCCUUGCAUUCUUCUUCCUCGGUGCAGACUGCUUGAAUCAUUUGAAAUAUUUUCUUAUAAAUAUCCUUCUCUCCAACAGAAGGAGGUAUUAAAUAAUUUGUGAUUGUAUUUGUAUUUGGCUACUCUGCUUUUCUCCUUGUUUGAACCCUAAUUUACGUUGUAUGUUGUUGUUGGAGUCAA